UCCCUGUGGGUCAAGUGACUGGGGUGCGAGACUGAGACUAUAGGGUAUGGGAGGCUGCAGUUGCAGGAGGGAGAGACAAACUCCAAAGCUGCAACAAAACAACACAUCACAAUCUGACAAAAGAUGGGCCUUUAUGCAGUCUUUAUUUCGUUCCUUAUUCAAUGACUUUGAUGUACGUAUAACUGCAACAAUAGCUUUUGAGAUGGUGUGUCACGCGUGUUGGGGUAAGUGGGUAUUGUACUGCAGAGUGCCGCCAUACCAAUAAUGGAGAAGCUGUGGUUGGUGAAGAGUCUUCCUUUCUCUGCUAUGUAUCUCAGUUGUACCAGGUUCAGCAGUACUGUUUAUGCCAUUUACAGGCCCUCACUGAGUCAGGUGGUUAAACCAGCAAAAGGUGUAAUAACUUAUGCGUUGGCUUGGAGAAAUAGAAGUCAGGCACGUGGUCACAUACCAUUCUUUUGGUAUGUUUUGCGUGUCAGAAACUAUAGCAUUAGUGCUAUGGCUGCAAAAUAGGUAUUGUUAUGUUGACAGGACUGUCCAUACUGCAAUUCUUUUUGUGUAAAGCUACUUAUAUUUCGUCGUGUUUGUUUGCCAAUGAUUUAUUCAUUGCUACUGUUAUUUCUGUAGUUGAUCUGCCAAAGUAUGCUCGUGUAAAUCUACUAAAAUCAGAUGUUUCUUUGGUGAUUGCUGCUUUUAACGAAGAUGGAUACUUACUAUGUGAUGAGAGAUGUGGAGCGCUGGAGCACAACAACUUCAGCAUUGACCCGAUUCUCCCUGAUGUUUUAAAGUUCCAUCCUUUGGCACCUCUAACGACUCAUCCACUUUAUCGUGACUCACAUAUAAUACUGCAGGAUAAGGCGUCGUGUUUGCCAGCUUACCUUCUUGCCCCUCCACCUGGAAGUAAUGUAGUUGACUGUUGUGCUGCUCCAGGAAAUAAGACAACACAGUUAGCCUCUAUUAUGAGGAACAAAGGAUCAAUAACAGCAUUUGAUAAGGAUCGUAGGAGAUUUGCGGUACUGAGAAAGAGAGUAAGAGAGGCUGGAGCAACUUGUGUCUCCCCUAUCCUUUCUGACAUCCUUAAGGUCAGACCGGAAGACUACAGUAGCACAGAGUACAUUUUAGUCGAUCCAUCAUGUUCUGGGUCUGGAAUUUUAAGUCGUCAAGAUUAUAGCUGUGUAAGAAAAGCAGAUGUGUAUGUUUAUGUUGUAUUGCUUGCUGCACCACCAUACUCAUACCCAGGUCAUGUUUGUACAUAAUUACCAUCACCUGAAAAACUUUCAGAAUUAAGAGGGUAACCUUCUGGCCAGUGCAUAUUGUCAAAUUUUUCAUAAAGUCCUUACAUGUGGCAUCUGAGAAAGUGUGCUUUUAAUAGAAGUUGCAGCAACGGUGUAUACAUGUGCAAUUGGCUCCACUUGUUCAGUGACGACUUAUAUUAUGUUGGCCACAAAUUUUGCUAUUUUGUUGUGCUCCAUCACUAAGUACGGUAGUACUUAGUAUUACAGGUUAUCCAGCAUUAUGCCCGUACAUUUGAGAUGUCAUUUAGUUUC